AUGGAGGAGGCCUCGUGCAAGGAAAUUGAUCGAGUCGACUGCUCGCCCUUUACCGACGAGGUGGAACGGGCUCCGCCGCCAAAGCGGUUCACAAUGCCAUCCAUCACUCCGUUCAAGGGAGACUCUGACCUUGAGAGCCAUUUGAGGCACUUCAAGAGUGCCAUGAUCCUGUACAAGGCAGACGACUCCCUGAUGUGCAAAGUGUUCGCGAUGACUCUGCGAGGAGCAGCUCAAGACUGGUUCCACACUCUACCAUUCGCGUCGAUAGGCAACUUCAAGGAGUUCGCCCUCAUCUUCACAAAGGAGUACCCCUCUUACAAGACGGUCAGAAAGCAUGUAGACCACUUGUUCAACCUACACAAGAAACCAGACGAGUCUCUUCGAGACUACCUCAGACGGUUUAAGGCUGAGAAGGCGAACAUCAUAGGAUGCAAUGACCAAGUUGCAUUCUCAGCUUUUAAGAAGGGCUUGCCAACCGAACACAAGCUAUACCGUGAGCUGGCCAUAACGCCAAGCCAAACCUUGGCAAAGGUCUUCGUGAUGGCAGAGCCCUACGCACUUUGGGACAAUGACUGUAUUGCGGCGAAGAAAGCCAGCCAGCAAGCUGAUCACCCGAUAAGGCAGGCGAGCCAAAAGAGCAACAAGUUCGAGCCCAAGGCCAGAGACAAGCGCAUAUCGCGACCCCAAGAGGGAGGCUCGGAGACAGGAACCUUCACUGAGUUCACUAUCCCGAUCCACCAGAUCCUGGCACAAGUGAAGGACAAGCCAUGGGUGAGAAGGCCGCCACCCCUGAGAGGAGACCCAUCUAGGAGGGACACCAAUAAAUACUGCGCAUUCCAUGGGGAGCAUGGUCAUUACACCAACAACUGCAAUGCUUGGAAAAGGCACCUCGAGGAGCUGGUCAGAGACUGCCACUGCACGAAAUUCGUCGCAAAGAAUGCCAUCCAGCAGAUCAAGGACCGCGAUGCAGCUGCCAAGGAACCUUCCCAAAAGGUCAUACGGAUUAACACCAUUCUACCUGAUUCCCAGGAGUCCGGGCUGACCACCAAGGAGUGUAAGAGAAAGAUCGCGCAGGCGACUUACAUCUCCUAA